AUGUCUUCAAAACUCUUCAAGCCCCUGAAGCUGGGAAAUCUUGAACUCCAGAAUCGAAUCGUUAUGGCACCCCUUACCAGACUCAGAGCCGACGAUGACCAUGUUCCUCUCCCAUUCGUUCCAGAAUACUAUGCUCAACGUGGCUCAACACCAGGUACUCUUCUCAUUAGCGAAGCGACUUUGAUUGCGCCCCAAGCAGGUACAAUGCCGAAUGUGGCAGGAAUUUGGAACCAAGCCCAGAUUGAUUCCUGGAAGAAGGUUACCGACGCAGUACAUGCCAAGGGCUCUUUCAUAUUCUUGCAACUUUGGGCGUUGGGACGUACUGCCCGGAGACAGGAAUUGGUCAAGGAGUUUGGAGAGGAUGUCAAGGUCGUCGGGGCAGGUGAUAUUCCUCUCAAAGAUGGCGAUAAACCGACACCACUGAGCGAGGAUGAGAUUAAGGAGUAUAUUGGCUUAUAUGCUCAAGCUGCCAAGAACGCCAUUGAGGCUGGUUUCGAUGGCGUUGAAAUCCAUGGCGCGAAUGGCCUUCUCGUCGAUCAAUUUCUUCAGGAUGUUUCCAACAACCGAUCAGAUGGAUACGGAGGUAGUAUCGAGAACAGAUCUCGUUUCGGUCUCGAAGUCACAAAAGCUGUCGUUGAAGCUAUCGGUGCUGCAAGAACUGCAAUCAGAAUCAGUCCGUACUGCGUGUAUCACAACAUGAGGAUGGAGGAUCCUGUUCCUCAAUUCUCACACUUCACAUCUCAAUUGAAGAAGUUCAACUUGGCUUAUCUGCAUGUGUGCGAUGUUGUCGAGGUUGCUGAUAAUACCGUGAUUGAUUUCUUGAUCAAGAUAUGGGAUAACCAAAGUCCUUUCUUGGUUGCUGGGGGAUAUAAUGGUGUCUCGGCUAAGAAAACGGUGGAUGAGGAGUACAAGGACAAGGAUAUCGUCGUUGUUUUUGGAAAAGAUUUCAUCUCGAAUCCGGAUCUGGUUUUUAGAUUGAGGGAAGGAAUUGAGUUUACUCCGUAUGAUAUGUCUCUUUUCUACAAUAAGAAAGAGGAACAUGGUUACAUAGAUUAUACCUUUAGCAAGGAAUUUGUUGCACAGGCAUAG